CUGUUGGAGUGGUUUAUAAAUAAAUAUGUACGGUAAUGUCUGGUGUUUUACAUUAUUUUUAAUUUUCUGAUAGUGUCCAUCAAAACAUAGUUUCAUAAUUAUUUAUGCAAACGCUGCUAUUGUCCACAGAUUAUCCAGGUGUGCCUAAUGUUUUGACUGGCGAGUUGGCCCUGUUAUGUAUUUUUAAUUGAAUCCCUCCCCCCUCUAAAAAUGACGUACGUCUUGACCAAUGGUGUUCCAGUUAUCUGACAAGUCCCGCCUACUCGGAGUUCUCGGCGGUGACUGGACGAAUCAGGGCUCGCCUCCGCGAGUUCAGCCAUUUUGUAAGAAAAUCAAGCAAGUCUGCCGCCCUACCUUCGCCUCAGACCUGCAGUUUUUUUCUUGUGCAAUGGACGGCCGCCUAGACGCUGACCUGUACCCUCUGGGAUCCGGCUACGUCCCUGAAAUCGACAGUGUCCAUGACAUAUCAGUUGGCACGAAGAGGGGAUCUGACGAGCUCUUUUCUUCCUGCAUAUCCAACGGGCCCUAUAUCAUGAACUCAGCCAAUGGCAACGACAGCAAAAAAUUCAAGGGUGACGUCCGCAGUCCCGGUGUUCCGUCACGUGUGGUGCACGUACGCAAGCUGCCCAGCGACAUAAACGAGGCUGAGGUUAUCGGGCUGGGCUUGCCCUUUGGGAAAGUCACCAAUCUGCUGAUGCUGAAAGGGAAAAACCAGGCUUUCCUGGAGCUGAACAGCGAGGAGUGCGCUCAGACCAUGGUGAGCUACUACUCGUCUGUCACCCCCGUCAUCCGAAACCAUCCCAUUUACAUGCAGUACUCCACCCACAAAGAGCUCAAGACGGACAACUCCCCCAACCAAGUGCGCGCCCAGGCAGCUCUGCAGGCGGUCAACGCUCUGCACGGCGGCGGCAUCGGCGGCAUGGCCAUUUCUGCAGACACGGGCGGCCUCGCCGGCGCCACGGCUCAGAGCUCCGUUCUCCGAGUCAUUGUGGAGAACCUUUUUUACCCGGUCACCCUGGAUGUGUUGCACCAGAUCUUUUCCAAGAUUGGCACGGUGCUGAAGAUCAUCACUUUCACCAAGAACAACCAAUUUCAGGCUCUCAUCCAGUACGCCGACGCCAUGACGGCCUAUCACGCUAAAAUGUCUCUGGAUGGGCAGAACAUCUACAACGCCUGCUGCACCCUGAGGAUCAGCUACUCCAAGCUCACCAGCCUCAAUGUGAAGUACAACAACGACAAGAGCCGGGACUACACGCGCCCCGACCUCCCCAACGCGGAUUCCCAGCCAACCCUUGACCACCAGACCAUGGCGGCCGCUGCAUUUGCACCGGGUAUAAUAUCGGCAUCUCCGUACGGUGGCGCUCAUGCUUUCCCCCCAGCCUUUGCCAUCCAGCAGGCGGCAGGUCUUGCGGUGCCUGGUAUUCCCAGCGCCUUGGCGUCUCUGAGUGUCGGGCACGGCGGCAUGGCGGCGGCAGCCGCCGCCGCCAGUCGCCUCAGCCUGGCCGGCCUCGCUGCUGCGGGGGGACACAACGUCCUGUUGGUCAGCAAUCUGAACCCCGAGAGCGUUACGCCACACUGCCUCUUUAUUCUUUUCGGCGUCUACGGCGACGUCAUGAGAGUAAAGAUCCUGUUCAAUAAAAAGGAGAACGCUCUGAUCCAGAUGUCGGAUGGCACCCAGGCUCAGCUAGCCAUCAGUCACCUGAACGGCCAGCGGCUUCACGGCAGGGCCAUCCGCGUGACGCUGUCCAAACACACCACGGUCCAGCUGCCGCGGGAGGGCCAGGAGGACCAGGGCCUGACAAAGGACUUCAGCAACUCGCCACUGCAUCGCUUCAAGAAGCCCGGUUCCAAAAAUUACUCCAAUAUCUUCCCGCCCUCGGCCACGCUCCAUCUCUCCAACAUACCGCCUUCUGUGGUGGAGGAAGACCUCAAGAGGCUUUUUGCCAGCUCAGGAGCCACAGUCAAAGCCUUCAAGUUCUUUCAAAACGAUCGCAAGAUGGCCUUGAUCCAGAUGGCCUCGGUGGAGGAAGCCAUCGAGUGCCUGAUCGAGUUCCACAACCACGACUUAGGAGAGAACCACCACCUUCGAGUGUCCUUCUCAAAGUCCACCAUCUGAGUGCCUCUUUUUUUUUUUUUUUCUUUUUUGUAUAUGCGUCUCUCCCUCCCUGAGGCCAUUUACUGCCUGAUUGCGACCAUUCUCCCAAUUACAGGAAGUUGCUCCGUUAGACUUCCAAACUUUUUCCGUCUCCACUAGAUUUAGGUUUAUCAAACUCUUGUGAUUUUUUUUUUUUUUUUUUUUUUAUUUGGAAGUCAUCUUUUUUUUUUUUAUAUAUAUGUGAAAACAAAACAAACCCAGAUAUUUCUUUUGGUGUUCAAGUCAGGUAAAACGGUGCUUGGGUGUUAAAGCGACGGGCAGACGAGCAGCUUAGCUUAGCCAUUCAGGGACGAGCUUCUUUACACGAAAUGUUUUUAUCCGCUUUUAUGUUUAGAAAUUGUCCUGUAAGCACAACCAUCAGCGCAUAAAGCAUAAAAGACCCGAUCCGAACCCGUACCCGGACCAGCUCUCUGGCACCCGACACGAGGCAGCUACGAACUGUCGCUUAAAAAAAAAAAAAAAAUCGCUUAAAAGACACAUUCCUUUCAAACCGCCGCGACAUGCUGUGCCUUUUUGGAGGCACUUUUUUUUUUUUUUUUUUAA